AUGGCAACAAAAUUACCGCCAAGUGUUCUCACUUAUAUGACAACAUAUGUUGAUGAAUGUGACCAUUCUAAAUGUGCUCUAGUUUACAAACAAAAAACCCCAUAUUCAGAGCAUAGUAUCACUAUUUUCCUAACUGACAUUGAAUCACUUCACCGCUGCUUUCCACGUCUCGAAUAUAUUAACAUGGAUUUUAUACUUCAACCAAUACCCAAAGAAGAAGUUGAAACAACAAGAGCUGUCAAACCAGCAUACACUACUACAAAGAUAGUCAUUUCUUCAGACUAUAUUGAUACAUUGUGGAUAUUAUACUUUGCGAACAAGUAUCCCAAUCUAAUCAAGCAUGUUACAAUUCAUUUUGAGGACAUGUCACUAGAAGAAAAUGGUAUAGGCAAUUGGAUCAAAUACUUUUCUGAAUCAGUGAACUUUCUGGAUAUCAAAUGCUAUAGUGGACUACUUACAAAAGCUAAACUAUUCGUGCCUUGCCACAACUUAACUUUAUUAAAUAUAUACAGAGGUGGUGCAGUUGACAUGGAUAAUAUUUUGGAUCAGUACCCAAUCUUGCUGUCAUUAUAUAUAUGCGGCUCAAAGAUUUGUUCCCUUAAGUAUCCACAGCCUUCCCAAUCACAACACUCGUUAGAAACACUGGAAAUUAAGGAUAUAUGA